UGAAUCUCGAGCGGCAUCAUAUAGUCAGGUGAAAAUUGAUAUUAUUCAAUUAAAAUGAAUUGUUAAUGAACGAAUGAAUUAAAAAAAAUUUUGUACACUAUUGUCCCGAAAUAAUAAUUCAUAUGCACGCAGCGACAAAUUCAUGAUGAAUAAUAAACAAAAAAAAGCAAAGAAAGCGACUGCAGGCAUGUCUCCCCGAGUAAAAUCUGCUACCAAGACUGGACCAAAACGUAAAAGGGUGAGCUCCGGAACACCUGGUGAACAGACUGGUCCUGGCUCAGUUGAUUUGGCUUUGGCUGAAUUUUUCUUUGGUUGCAACGUGCCCUUCAACGUUGUUGAAUCAGAUUUAUUCAAACGAUUCGUGAAUAGUUUGAAUCCAUCGUACAGAGUCCCAUCGAGGAAAAAACUGGCCACCAAAUUAUUGAACAAAGUGCACACCCAAGUUAUUGAAAAACAGAAAUAUACUGUAGCAAUAAAUGGUGUUUUAUUGAUAGAUGGGUGGAAAAACUCCUCAGCAAACACAAAAAAUGUGGUUUGUACCAUUCAGACUCAAGAUGGGAACAGUAUGUUCCUGAACUCGUGGGACUUCAGCGAAUUGCGAGAAACAGGUGAUGAAUUAGCCACAGUAAUUGAUGAAGCUGUUGCGAUGGCCAAGCAAAGAUUUAAUAUCGAUAUUUAUGCUGUUGUCUCUGACAACGCUUCAGCGAUGAUGCGGAUGGGUCGGCUUGUUCAGGUUUGGCACAGUAGUUGUCACUCCCACAGUGCCAAUUUGUUGUUGAAGUCCCUCGUCGAUAAAGAGUUUGCGGAGUCAAUUAACAAGCUACUACGAGAAUUCAAAACACCUCGGGGAGAAAGAGAAUUAAAGAAACGUGGUGGUACCAGAAUAAUGUUAGCCUGCGACACUCGGUGGUGCACAUAUAGGGACACAUUCCGUUGCUGUUUAAAGAAUCUUGAUAUCAUGCGUCAGUUGGUCCAAGACGAAAUCGUCGUACUGAAGAAGCCAAAUCGAGACUUGCUGGACAGCAAUACAUUGGCAGCUCAACUACAAGAUUACAUAGUCAUGUUUGACCCUGUAUGUAUGCUUGUCAAUAAAUGUCAAGCAACUGAUUGCACUAUUGCGGAUGCAGCUGAGCUCUGGCUCUCAUAAAAUAUUCCAGUGAAUGAUAAUCAAAUUAAUGAGACACUCGAUGCACGCCUUGAUAAGGUCUUGCAGCCUAUUGUUUUGGUAGCGAAUUUUUUACACCCUCAAUACCAAGGGCAAAACUUCGCUCAUUUGAAGAUAUUCAAUUCUAAAGUUACAACUUUUCUGGAGGAAGAAUUAGGUACAGGUGAUUCACGAGAGGUGAAAGGGUUGGAGGAGUAUAAACAUAAGAGUGGAAUUUUUGAAGAGCUUUUCAACAAAAAAAUUCAAUGUCCGAAGACAUUUUGGUGUUUAAUAGAGCCAUACUAUCCCGCUCUAGCAACAUUGGCCACGAAAUUAUCCAACAUUCCAAGUUCAUCCGCACAAAUCGAGAGGUUGUUUUCCCACUGGGCCUUCAUCCAUUCGGAUUUACGCAAUCGUCUAAGUGUCGAACGCUCGAUGAAACUUGUAGGAAUUUAUUAUGCCUUCAAAAUGCAGGAUCUGAUCGAUGAUUAUCAUUGGGAAGAGAGGGAUGAUUGAUUACUUUGUUUAUGGAGAUAAUUAACGAUUGAAUGUGGAUAGAACUCAUGUUUACAAUUAACUGACGGUAUUAUUAUCUAU